AUGAAAGCAGAGGAUUGGAUGAGGACUGUAAUACGCAUCAUUAUAUGCCUGUGUGGAAUUAUUGGCAACAACUGGUUGGCCCUUAGUUCCUUGCCAAAAUCUAUAUCUCAGCUAAGAACCAAUGACAUGCUGUUUGUCAAUCUAGCUGUAUCUAAUCUGAUCACAAACUUCUUUGUGGACAUUCCGGACAUAAUGGAUUUUGUGAACCGUUUCCCUGAUGGAAGAUCCUACUGUAGUGCAUUUAGUUUUUGUUCUGAAUUAUCCGAGAGCAGCAGCAUCAUCACCACCAUGUUCAUCACCGUCUACUGGCAUCAGAAGCUUGUGGGUUCUCUGAAGCACGGAGGUGCUCCUGUGCCAAUGGACAACAUCAGACAUGCAGCAGCCAUGCUUGCAGGGAGCUGGACUAUAGCCUUUGUGUUCAACAUUCCCCAUUUGUUCUUUGUUUCCAAUGAACACAACAGUGAGAACCAUACCUUACAUAAGGAAUGUAGUGAAAAGUAUCCUUCUCCUGAGGUCAAGCAGGCCUAUGAAAUCCUGUACGUCAUAAUUGUUAAUCUCAUUCCGAUGAUCGGGAUUCUCACUGCGAGCAUCCAGAUCACAAGCACUUUGCUCCAAAAUGAAAAGCGGAUGAAGGCCAACAACAAAACUGACGUCAAAAAUGCAUCAGCGGAGGAUCCAAAACCUCAACAAGGUUCAACAGGAGCAGUGGAGCCCAAAUCACACAGCAAAUCCAGCUCAUCUUCGGGAAGUUUGGUGAGAGCAGCCAAGAGUGUGUUGGCAGUGGCUACGAUUUUUCUUAUUUGCUGGGUGAUUCACAUCAUUGUCACUGUCAUUAGCACAUUUAAGGACACUGUUCUGUUAAUGGAGAUGGCCAGCUACAUAGGAGCUCUGUACACCAACUUCAUCCCUUACAUAUACCUGCACGGGGUAAAGAAGUUUGCUUGUUGCUGCACAGACAGAGGAUGA